UCUCUCUCUCUUUUGGCAAGGCUGAGGAGACGCAAGGGAAAGAGGAAGCCAAUCCCAAUCCCAAACACUAGCCACGUCCUGUUCGAGGUCGAUCUCGCGUCCGCAUGAACUAUGGCGGCAGCGGCGCUACGCAGGCUGGCGACCAAGUUCCGGAACCCCAGGGCUGCUGCCCAUCGGUUUCCAAAGGACGAGCUUGAAAAUGCUCUUCUUUUGAAAAACAAUAUUGAAUCUGCUAAAGCCGCUGAUCUUAACUCCAGUGCAGACUUGUUAGCUAAACAUUGUUGGGAAGCUGAACAAACCAUCAGCCACUUUCACAAAAGGCACGAGCAAGUUGUGGAAAGGGCCCGUAAGACUACAGUGAGGGUUGUCUGUGCUGCUGUUGUGGUUGGUUCCCUUGAUCGUUUGACGACAUGGUACUGGUUUCCUGAAGAUGAAUGCUGAGCUUCUGGAGGGUCAAGUUGAAGUUACAGAUGAAUGACCGCUGUCAGCAUGUCGCAUGAAAAAAAAUGGGUUCAUCACCUCUAUGCUAAUUUAGUUGCCUUCUAUGACGAUAUGUGUAUGUAUUAUGUGCUCCAGUAUGUAGAAGCAGUCUCUAUGACAU